AUUAAGCCAAGAAGGUUAAACAGCUUUAACCGCAGCGUGAAGCGGAUGCGUUUUCACUCACUCUCUGUGGAGGGACGGACUUGGACGCGCGCUCAGGAAUCCUCUAGAUUUUUAGUGUCCUCCUAAUACACACUUGGAUUCAUUGAAGACAUGGGAAAAAAGAAGGACAAAGAUGUUGAUGCAGAGGACCAUGGAAUAGGACAGCGUUCACCGAAAUUAUGUGGCACUAACUACCCAGUUAGCAUUGCCUUCAUUGUGGUCAAUGAGUUCUGUGAAAGAUUCUCUUAUUAUGGAAUGAAAGCGGUGCUCACGCUUUACUUCAUUCACUACCUACGUUGGGACAAGAAUCUGUCUACAGGUGUGUACCACGCUUUCUCAAGCCUGUGUUACUUCACUCCGCUUCUGGGGGCCAUGAUAGCCGACUCAUGGUUAGGGAAGUUCAAAACCGUGAUCUAUCUGUCAAUAGUCUAUGUGAUUGGUCAUGUGGUCAAGUCUGUGGGUGCCAUUCCUGAUGUGGGGGACAGCACUGCUCAUGUAGUUUUCUCAAUGCUUGGUCUGGUCCUCAUAGCUUUUGGGACAGGAGGGAUCAAACCAUGUGUUGCAGCAUUUGGUGGUGACCAGUUCGAUGAAGAGCAUACAGAAGAGAGGACAAAAUUCUUCUCCAUCUUUUACAUGUCAAUCAAUGCUGGAAGUGUCCUGUCCACCAUUAUCACACCAAUACUAAGAGGCGAUGUGAAGUGCUUUGGAGGAGAUUGCUACGCCCUGGCCUUUGGAGUUCCCGCAGCUUUAAUGGUCAUUGCCUUAGUGGUAUUUAUCGCUGGAAGUGGGCUGUAUAAGAAAAGUCCUUCGGAAGGAAAUAUCCUGGUGCGUGUUUGCAGAUGUAUUGGGUUUGCUAUACGCAAUCGAUGGAGGAGUUCCAAAAAUAGCCCAAAAAGGAGUCACUGGCUGGAUUGGGCAGAAGAGAAGUACUCCAAGCGGCUCAUCCAGGAAAUUAAAAUGGUGUUCAGGGUGCUGGUUCUUUACAUUCCGUUGCCCAUGUUUUGGGCUCUCUUUGACCAGCAGGGUUCCCGCUGGACUCUGCAAGCCACUCGAAUGAACAUGGAUUUCGGUGGAGGCUUCAUAAUAAAGCCUGAUCAAAUGCAGAUGCUGAAUGCUUUGCUGAUUCUGGUGUUUAUCCCGAUCUUCGACAUGGGCAUAUACCCGCUGAUAGGGCUGUGUCGGAUCAAACUCACUCCACUGAGAAAGAUGGCUACAGGCAUGAUCCUUGCUGCACUUGCAUUCUGUGCUGCAACUGUCGUAGAAAUCAACGUCAUUAAAUCUGUUGUGGAGCCACCUCUUGCCAAAGAAAGCCUGGUUCAGGUUUACAAUCUUAUGAAUUCAGAGGUCACCGUGCAGUUUCCAGGACACACCGUCCUCUCAGAUCCAUUUAAAUCAUAUGAGGAUCCUUCGGGAUACACAAGUCUUCCGCUUACUGGCAAAUCCCAGCUCUACACAGUUACUGUCACUCACAAUGGGACUGAAUACCAGUGUGGACUCACGUUCACAGAACGGACUGCCUACAGUCUCUUCCUGCACACUGCACAACCCGGUGACACUGUAUGCAAACUGGUGAAAGAUCACAUCAUCAAAUCUGAAACCGGGGAUGCGUAUCUAAGGUUUAUCAAUACUCACACAGAGAAUAUCAACAUAACUAUUGGCACUGAUGAAUUUUUUGCGGCUGCCAAUUAUGGGAUUUCUCAAAAUAUCAGUGUCCCUAGGGGAGAAUACAAUGGAAUUGUAAGCAAAACAAACUCUAACCAAUAUCACAUCGACCUGGGACUUCUUGAUUUUGGUGCCUUCUAUACUGUCAUACUCUCAAAGGAAAGUAAUGGCCUGACAUUCAAAAAGAUGGAGGAUAUCCAAGCCAACAAUAUUCACAUCGCUUGGCAGAUUCCACAGUACGUCUUCAUCACUGCUGGAGAAGUCAUGUUCUCCAUCACUGGUUUGGAGUUCUCCUACUCACAGGCACCGGCAAGCAUGAAGUCUGUUCUCCAGGCUGGAUGGCUUAUGACUGUGGCAUUUGGAAAUGUCAUUGUACUGAUUGUGGCAGAGGGGGCUGGGAUGGAACAGUGGACUGAGUUCCUCCUUUUUGCUGGCCUUUUGGUGGCUGUCAGCAUCAUCUUCUCCAUCAUGGCCUAUUUCUACACUUAUGUGGAUCCAGACCAGCUGGACAAGAUUUUCGAAGAGGACACAGACGAUGAGAAAGUGGAAAAUUCUGAUAGGAAGAAAAAUGAGGCCGUUUCCUUGAUUGAUAUGCCGAAGCAAACCAAUAUGUAGCAAAAUGUCUGGGUUUUGUUAUGAACAAUUCAGAUCCAUUAAUUGCCAAUAAGCCAAUGAACUUCUUUCACAUCAGACUGUUGCAGUCGACUGUGUUAGAUUAUUUUGCUCCAGAGCCUUUAUGUGGCAUGAUGCUGAUCUCUACUGCUCACGGAUCAUAUUUCAGCUGAAUUAAGAGUAAUGUAUUACGCUGAAGGAAUUAUGGUUUUACUUGACCUGAUACCUCACAAAAAGAAUCCGUUUUUUUAAGCAGUUCCAAAAUGUAAUCAUUAAGAUGUAAACAUUUUUGGUUUUUGAAGUCUCUAAUGUUCAACUAAGGCUGUAUUUAUUUGAUCAGAAAUACAGGAAGAACAGUGGGAUUGUGAAGUAGUACAAUUUAAAUAACUGUUUUCUAUUUUAGUAUCCUCUAAAAUAUAGUUUAUUAUGCCUGCCACGGCCAAGCUUCAGAUUUAGCUGCCAUUACGCCAGUUUUCAGUGUCACAUGAUGCUUCAAAAAUCCUUCCAUUAUGCUGGCACUCUAGAAACAUUUAUUAUUUUUAGCAAUGCUGAAAUUAUCUGCUCAGUAUUUCUGUGGAAACACACAUUUGGUGGGGAUUCUUUGAUGCAAGCUGAAUAAAUUAGUCUUUGCUGAAUAAAUGUACGAAUUUCUUUAAAAAUCAAAUGUGUAGUCGUAAGUUGAAAAAGUUGACCCCAAAAUGUUAGUGAAUAAACUUCAAUGAUAUCCCCGUCUAAUGCCAUUUGCACAUUUCAGUUCGCAAUUGUACAUAAUGUUUGUCAGUCCUGCAGUAUUCAGAUGAAAUGAGUUUCUAAACAAGUUAUUAAAGCGAUAGAGCUGGAUGUGUUACUGCCGACCCAUAUUGCCUGAGGUCUUCCAGCCAGAAAGAGUCUUCUGUUCAGUGUCUUCAGGAGUCUGUCUGCUUCUGGUUGGCCUGGACAGUGAUGGUCUUUGUGACUGUUACAUCAUCAAUACACUGUAGGCAGUGACCGUUUUCUAAGUA